GCGCGCACCCAGUUAUUAUAAUUUAGAAAAAAUGAACGUGGGCGCGCACAAUUAGGAACAGGGGAAGGAGAGUGUCAUGCGCAGUGCGAUCAUGUACUGAAGAAAGUGGGAGGUGGGCGGAGGGAAAGAAACACAGCAAUACAGGAAGAGAGAGAGAAACCAGACAGAUACAGGAAAAAAAGAGGUAGGCAAGGUACAAGGAGAGCGCAUACAGCGCAGUCACUCUGGACGCACAGAGGUAGGAUCUGGUACCUCCUGGACUAAUCCCGCAAGGCAAUGGAUCAUCAGUAUCUUCAGGCCUCGAACCGAUACCAAGUGCUCCUGAAUGAGGAUGAUUCCUCAGAAGGCCCUACUGUAGAACAGCCGUCAACCUCUACACUAGUUUCUCAGGCAGCACAAACCUCUACAUCAUCUACAGCAGAUGCAUCUCCUCCACCAUACAGCAGCAUUACAGUGGAGACAGCUACAGGUGCAGAAACGCACAAUGAAUUUUACCCUGUGCCACCUCCAUACAGUGUUGCCACCACCCUGCCAACAUACGAUGAAGCUGAGAAAGCAAAAGCUGCAGCAAUGGCAGCUGCCGCUACUGAAGCAACACAGCAAAGAGAAGAAGAAUAUCCUCCACGGGAUGACUUCAGCGACGCAGACCAAUUAAGAGUUGGGAACGAUGGCAUCUUUAUGCUGGCAUUUUUUAUGGCAUUCAUUUUCAACUGGAUUGGAUUUUGUUUAUCCUUCUGCAUAACAAAUACAAUUGCUGGUAGAUAUGGAGCAAUCUGUGGUUUUGGCCUAUCAUUGAUAAAAUGGAUUCUGAUUGUGAGGUUUUCUGACUAUUUCACUGGAUAUUUCAAUGGACAAUAUUGGCUUUGGUGGAUAUUUCUAGUGCUUGGACUGUUAUUGUUCUUUAGAGGGUUUGUGAAUUAUCUAAAAGUUCGUAACAUGUCAGAAAGUAUGGCUGCUGCUCACAGAACAAGAUUUUUUUUCUUGUACUAAGGAUGAAAUCAGCCAGACAUUCCUUCUAAUGUGAACCAUCACGGUCUAUAAACCUCCAGAUUAAUAGUUUAAAAGACUACUAAAUCAAGCCGAUAAACUGAUGAAAUAAUACAACUUUUAAUGCAUUUAUAGCAACUCUAAAUAUUCUAUGAAACGUGUGUUAAUUACCAUCCUUCUGUUGCACAUUGUUAUAUGUGCUGCAUUUGCCAAGGGAAAAUCCAAAUUAUUUACAAGCUUUUUUUAAACAAAAAUUAGCCUGCAGCAUGUAAGACCUUGCUUUUUAAUUUUUUAUAUAUUUUUUUUGCUUAUUCAUAUCAGUGGAUAUGUACAGAAAGCCAUUUGACUACCCUUUUUAUCAUUCAUUUAAAACAUAAAGUGCAGUGUUGAUAGAUUAAUGCUGGAAUAUCCAGCAGUAUAUUAAUAUUAUUCUCUGUCUUCAUAGUACAUUAAAUAGCAUGGAUGGCUUUUCUCAAUUGAGGCUCAGUUCUUUUGCAAAUAUAAAUUGGUGUAACCCAUUGUAAAUGAUCAUUUCCAUUUAAUGAUUUGCAAGUGUUGGUUACUUCUAACGAAUAAUGCAUUUUUAAUACCAUUUUUCAUAAGAAUUCCUAAACAAAGGUACUGAAAAUGCCAAGUGAAAAGUUUCACCAGUUUGAAUUGUGCCAUGUCAAAAGUAUUUUCUCAGCUAUCACAACAUAAUGUUUUUAUUACUGUUUUUUACAGUAUAUCUUGAUGCUAGAAAAGAAAGUUACACAUUUUAGUAAAAAUCACAUGCAUUUAUCAGUCUAAAAAAAUAAUACAUACUGUUUAAGAGUGCAGCUUAAUGAAUCUGCUUUAUUUUAUAUGAUUUCUUUUUCUAAGACUUGGGCACAGAGACAUUUGCCAAACGUACCAUAUUUUGCCAUAUUGCCAUCUGGCAUUCAAACCUCAAAUAGCUGCCUUUUCUUGGGUGGGGAAACAAAAGAAAAACUGGAAAAGCUUAAAGGAACAUGGAACCCAAUUUUUUUCUUUCAUGAUUUAGAAAGAGCAUACAAUUAUAAACAACUUUCUAAUUUACUUCUAUUAUCUAUUUUGCUUCAUUCUCUUGAUAUUCUUUGCUGAAAAGCAUAUCUAGAUAUGCUUAGUAGCUGCUGAUUGGUAGCUGCACAUAGAUGCCUCCUGUGAUUGGUUCACUGUGUGCAUUGCUAUUUCUUUAUUAAAGUAUAUCUAAAGAAUAAAGCAAAUUAGGUAAUAGAAGUAAAUUGGAAUGUUGUUUAAAAUUAUAUUCUCUACCUUAAUCAUGAAAGAAAAUGUUUGGGUAUAGUGUCCCUUUAAAGAAUAUUGUGGAUGACAACUAUAAAAAGUAGCUUAGUGGCUAAUGCAAGUGCAUUUUAUUACACAGCAACAGAAAAGAUUCAUAAGCAAAAUAUGUAUAUGCUUUGUAAAGGAUUGAGCAAACCUGCAAUAUUUUGAGACACUUUAGGAAUAUUUUUUUUUCUUUUUAAAUGUGUAAAAUAGUUAUUUUUUUACAAUCUUUUUUUAAUCAGUGCGUGCAAUUUGAUUUUGCUUUUUUUUAUUCCUUAUUGCUGAAAGAAAUAGCAUCUCUUUAAAUUUAAUUUGUUGUUUUAAUUAUUUUGUUCAUUGCUAGAACAGUGACUCUGAGAUACUGCAAAGAAAAGAAUGUUCAAGAUAAAAGUAAUUGAUUUUUUUUCUGUGCAAAGGAUGAAAUGAACUUGUGAAGAGAUUAAAUAUGUACCACAACUGGAUUUUUGGGUUGAAACAAGUACUGGAAUCAAACCCAGAUGAAUAAAUGUUAAUGCUAUAAAUAUUUAGAAACUUGA